GAGGGCGAGGGGCGUGCCGAAGCGGCGGCAGGCUUUAACGUCACUGCGCAGACGCCACCAAAGGGCCGGACGUGACGCAGGAGGAGUUCCGGCCUCGGCCUCCGCCGCUUCCUCCCCUACCGCAGCAGUCGCCGUUGCUGCCGCUACCUCAAACGCGGCUUGUUAUCUCUAAAAUGGCGCCGCUAGACUUGGACAAGUAUGUGGAGAUAGCGCGGCUGUGCAAGUACCUGCCGGAAAACGACCUGAAGCGGCUGUGUGACUAUGUGUGUGAUCUUCUCUUGGAGGAAUCCAACGUUCAGCCAGUGUCAACCCCAGUGACAGUGUGUGGGGACAUACAUGGACAGUUUUAUGACCUUUGUGAACUAUUCAGAACUGGAGGUCAGGUUCCUGACACAAACUACAUAUUUAUGGGUGAUUUUGUAGACAGAGGUUACUAUAGUUUGGAGACCUUCACUUAUCUUCUUGCACUAAAGGCUAAAUGGCCUGACCGUAUUACACUUUUACGAGGAAAUCAUGAAAGUAGACAGAUAACACAGGUGUAUGGAUUUUAUGAUGAGUGCCAAACCAAAUAUGGAAAUGCUAAUGCUUGGAGAUACUGUACCAAAGUUUUUGACAUGCUCACAGUAGCAGCUUUAAUAGAUGAGCAAAUUUUGUGUGUUCAUGGUGGUUUAUCUCCUGAUAUCAAAACACUGGAUCAAAUUCGAACCAUUGAACGGAACCAAGAAAUUCCUCAUAAAGGAGCAUUUUGUGACCUGGUUUGGUCAGAUCCUGAAGAUGUAGAUACUUGGGCAAUUAGUCCUCGAGGAGCAGGUUGGCUUUUUGGAGCAAAGGUCACAAAUGAGUUUGUUCAUAUCAACAACUUAAAACUCAUCUGCAGAGCACAUCAGCUUGUUCACGAAGGUUAUAAGUUUAUGUUUGAUGAGAAGCUGGUCACAGUGUGGUCUGCUCCUAACUACUGCUAUCGUUGUGGAAAUAUUGCUUCCAUCAUGGUCUUCAAAGAUGUGAAUACAAGAGAACCAAAGUUAUUCCGGGCAGUUCCAGAUUCAGAACGUGUUAUUCCUCCCAGAACGACGACGCCGUAUUUCCUUUGAGGCCUUCACCCAUCCUGCUGACCCAUUUUUCUGCCCUCUUACCCCAUCUUUCUUGUACCCUCUACGAUAUACUUUUAUUGAGCACUUUGCUGCUGAAAUGCUGCCUCUUGCCUUUUUUUUUAAAUUUUAAAUUAUCUAAAUUUAUUGUUUGUCAUGGUGUCUAUAGCAAUGUUUUUCUAUCAGUUUCCUCCCCGAUCCCGUCCCCACCUUGGACUCAUUUGAGAAGACUUGAGAAAUGUCUUAAUACUCACACUGCUGCAUGUAGCUCUUGCUUAUUUACUGGUCUGGGGAAACAGAAUGUGUUUCCUUUUUUAAAAAAGCUAAUUGACAUUUACACCGAAAUACUCCUCCUUUUGUAUCAUUCAGCCUUUGUUUUAGUUGGUAAGUUUUAAGAAAUUUCAGCAGCAAAGUUGUUAUUCAGUGGGCACGAUGGACUAGAGAUGCCUCAAGUUAUGUAUACCUGUCCCAGCUGUAAACUUCAUUGUUCUUUGUUGGAUGAUAUUUUAAAAGGAUAUAAAAUAAAUUGGUCUAAAGGGCUGCCCUCCUUGUUGUGUUUUUAAAUUUAGUUAAAAAUUGCUACAGGUUAUGACUUUGUACAUUAUGAAAAUUGUAUUGAUCUUUUUUUAGAUUCCUUGUAUUUUUUAAUAAAAUAAUCUUAAAACCCAGAUAGGUUAAGUGUUAGAACUUUUAAACAGCUUACGUUGUUAUCUUAAAAUUACUUUUUCUUUUUUCCCUAACCAGAAUUCUUGAUCCUUUAGUUAUGAAAUUUAAAAUUUCAGUUGAAUCCAGUAGUAUUUAUUUUUUAAAAAAAUCACUAAACUGUGCCUAAAGAACGUAACUGCCAUAUUAAUGUUUUGGUUUAUAUCCUCUAUAGUAAUAGAAAAAACAUUUAAUACUUAUAAUGCUGAUGUGUUCAUUUGAUACCAGUUGAGUAGAAUGUGAUCAAUCCAGUUUACAAUCUAUCAUGAAUAUCAUUAAGUAAAAAUACUUUUCAAUAGGAAUCGUUCUUUUCUUGCUAUAACACUUGACCUUAACUUUUAGAAAGUGUUCAUUUUUUAACUGCAACUGGAAAGGUUGAAAAGCCUGGACUUGUAUUUGUGAACUGUAAUCUGAAGCAGGUUAUUUAAAGUGUAGAAAGAAACAGACUUCUUUUUUUGUAAAAGUCUGUGAUACCCUAUUUUGGCUUUGUGUAAUUUGAAUAUCCAAAGGGUUGUGAUGAUCAGUUCUUUAUAUGCAAUUGUCCACUUAAUAAGGACAAGUGUUCCAGUAUCUCUUAUGGCUGUGGUCAUAAAUGAUGUUGGAAUGUACCAUUUUGUGAUAUAGUCGGUAUCCCUUUACUACUAUAAUUAAUUUUUGUCAUCCCAGGAAAUCUGUGUGAAGCCAGCCAAUUAAUAAAGCACUUUAGCAUCUGUUCAGGUAGUUUUGAAAACCAACUUUUCCCCUUCAGGAUAAAAACUUCCAGGUUACCUAAAAAUGCAAUAAAAAUCUUAGUCUAAGCUUCUUGGCACAUAAUUUUUCAUCAGGGUUUUCUUUUACUGAAUGAGCACAAUACUGUUUUGAUUUUAUUUUUCCCCAACCACUCAGAUCCUUGUACAACUUUUAAUUGUAUAGCUAUGUGAAAGAAGCGGCUGAGAUAUUUGCUGCAAACUUGAACUAACGUUGGGUCUGUAGCUCUGUGUUGCUGCCUUGACCAGUGUAAUUCAGGUGGAAAGGUAUUUUUAUCUCACAGGGAUAUGUAGCUAUGUAUCUUACUAAUUGUGAAACACUGGAAACUAAUGAUGCAGACAACUUGGUGUGGUCUUCGAACAGCUCUCUGCAGUAUUUGUUUUCCUGUUACCAUAAAUUGUAUUUAAGUGUUUUUCCUUAACUACUUUUGAGUUGUAUGAAUAAACCAGUAACCCUCAGGCCUGUCUUUCCAUUUGACACUCCUUCGCUUAGUUUUAUGUGGCUGUUUUCGUUCUCUCUGUAAUGUGACCUUUUUUUUUUUUGUCAUAGCAGACUGCAUUUGUUUGUCACUAUCUGGGCGUGUGCCAAUAAUAUUCUGUCCAUUCCUUAACUGCCAUCUCUGUUUUGCUUAAUUUCUUCCCAACUGAAUAAUGGCUUUUUGCAUGGAAAGAAAAUAGAUUUUACUAUAUUUAAAGGGAAGAGAGAGUGAAUGUAUUGGAUUUUGUAAGCCUAAAA